AUGUCUGCACCAUCACCAAUCCCGCCGCUGCCCACCACCACCGCACCGCCGCCGAUCCUCUCCACGGCGCCGCUGGCCCUACCCACUGCGCCGCUGGGCUCCACCGCCGGCGCCUCCACCGGCCAGUCGCCGCCCUCCUCCACGGGUCCGCCGCCACCACCCUCCACCGCGCCGCUGGUUUACUCCCCGGCGGAGAUGACCGGCGUCCUCAACGAUCUCGUUACAUCCGUCCAGGGGAUCUGCCUCUACUUGGCCGGGCCCUACGGGCUGCCGCCGGCCGCGUCACCAACCAUCGCCACCGGGCCGAUGCUGCUGUCGUGGCAGCCGCCGCACCCGGCGGCCUCCGACGCGCACGCCAGGCCGCUGCAGCCACAGCUGCAGCUACCGCCGCCACCGCCCUGGCAGCCGCCGCACCAAGGGGCCACUGCGGCGCUGGUCAGGCCGCUGCAGCUGCAGCCAGCCCCGCCCCCGCACCGCUCUGGCCUCAAUGGCCGGCCGCGGCCAUCGCGGCGCCCGCCGCCUCCGCCGUUUCCAUGCAGCAGCUGCUGCCACUGCAGGCGCCUCCGCCGCCCAGCACCGGGCUGA